AUGACAACCGGUCUCUGGUCUCAAGAGGAACAUGCAAACUUUCUUACUGCAAUCAAACUCUAUCCUCAUGGUCCAUGGCGUAAAAUUGCGGAAUAUAUUGGCACACGUUCUAUCCGUCAAACACAGACUCACGCUCAAAAAUACCAUGAAAAGGUGGUGCGUCGAAUGCGUGGUCUACACAAAGGACGUCGAUCUUCUACUCGUAACGAUCAUCGCAUUGAUGAUGACAUGCUCGCCGCAUGCAAAGUCGGUGAAGGGUUUGGCGUCGUUUUGCCCAAAGAUGACAAAGCUAAGUCUUUAUCACCGCAGCAAUCAUCAACAAGUUCCACAUUUGGGCUCAUGGUCCCACUAUUAAUGUCUUCGAUGUCUGGCUCCAUGAGUCCAAACGGUGUCGACUCAAAUGACACAAUCAGCGAUUCAAUGAUUUCCUAUCUACUCCCAACAUAUGACGAAUCACUUGAUUUCUUGAUUGAAAAUUUCGAGGUCGUGGAAGUUGAGAUCCAGCUAUAA